UUACUAAUGUCUUUUUAAAGAUGGCGACUUACAUGAACUGAGAGGGCAUAUGCGUUCUGCUAGAGCAUAUACAAAUUAAAGGCUAUUCCUAUAUAUAAUCACAAUGGUUUUAAAAAACAUUUUUCGAUCUACAGUGUUGGACUUACGGACAUGGAGUGUAUUUUUAGGCGCGAGGAAAUGCAAUACUGUCUCACCUGCUUUCAAGCCGUCUCAAUGCAGAUUUUAUGCGAACUGGACGUUAACCUGUAUUUAUAAAAGUGAUGAAAUCCUCCUAAACCAAGCAGUGAGGCAGUAUGCUCGGCCCUCUAGAAAGAAACAAGAGUUCCCAAGUCAGCUUCAGGAUCUGCAUCCAUCCUUGCUGAAGCACGAAUAUGCAUCUGUCCCACUUGCACAAUCGGUGGAUGAUGUGGUGAAGAAACUGCUUAUGUUGGAGCUUGCAAGUCAUAGUGAAAAACUUAGUUUGAAAGAGGAACAGCUUAUUGCCAAGGUGCAGAGGGGUGAGAAUGACCGCAGCUCAACAGAAGUCAAGGUGGCGAUUCUGACAGCGCGCAUUCGCAACUUCCAGGAGCACUUGCACAAGCACCCUAAGGAUAAAGCCAACAAAAGAUGGAUGCUCAUGGCCAUCGACAGCAGGAAGAAAAAGCUGAAGUUUCUGAGAAGGACUCGUUAUGAUUCCUUCAAGAAGGUGUGUCAAGAGCUUGGAAUCACAUACACGUUCCCUCCUGAAUAUUAUCGGCGGGUCACCCGACGUUGGCUGGCAAAAAAGGCCUUCUGCAAUAAGGUCUUUCAAGAAGUCCAGAAACAAAAAAAAGAGCAGAGAGAGAAACAGAGAUCAGCAGAUCCUAAGGGAAAGGAGCCAACAUCCUCUAAAGAACCUCAAGGAACUGCGUAGAGAUGUUUAGACAGCUGACAAAACUCGUGUGCUGAAAAGUCCAAAACAAUCUGAUACAUCCUCUUUUGAUUCAUGCAUGACUUUCAAAGAAAAACUAAAACAGAACCAUCAUGCUCCACAUCAAAUUAUCUGCAUGUUGUCAUUUAUUUUUCCUUUUCAAUGGUAAAUCACUUAUUUCUCUGAUUUUUUUUUUUUUUUUUUUGUGCUGCAGCUAAUAAAAGAUCUUAAAAUUCAA